AUGUGGUCACAGAUGUCACUCUUGGUACUAAUUGCGGCAACACUAAAAGCGUUUACGGUACUACCCUAUGUACAAAUUGAUUUUGUUCACUAUUUUAGAUUAGCGCAAUGCGAUGCAAAAUGUGCUGAAAAGGUAAUUAAUUUGAAAUUAAGCUCAUAA